GGCCGCCGCUGCCGCCGCCAUGCAGGCGCAGCCGCUCGGCUACGAGUUCUUCAGCGAGGAGAACGCGCCCAAGUGGCGGGGGCUCCUGGUGCCCGCCCUCAAGAAGGUUCAGGUGCAAGUCCAUCCUAAACUUUCCUCUACUGAAGAUGCUUUACAGUAUGUCGAGGAGUUAAUUCUCCAGUUGUUAAAUAUGUUGUGUCAAGCCCAGCCAAGAAGUUUUCUGGAUGUAGAGGAUCGUGUUCAAAAAAGCUUUCCCCAUCCUAUUGAUAAAUGGGCAAUAGCUGAUGCCCAAUCUGCUAUUGAGAAGAGAAAACGAAGAAAUCCAUUAUCUCUCCCAGUAGAAAAAAUUCAUCCUUUAUUAAAGGAAGUUCUAGGCUACAAAAUUGACCACCAAGUAUCUGUUUACAUAGUGGCAGUAUUAGAAUACAUUUCUGCAGACAUCUUAAAAUUGGUUGGGAAUUAUGUGCGGAAUAUAAGGCAUUAUGAGAUUACAAAACAAGAUAUUAAAGUGGCAAUGUGUGCUGAUAAGGUGUUGAUGGAUAUGUUCCAUCAAGAUGUAGAAGAUUUAAGUGCACUGACUUUAUCUGAUGAGGAACCCUCCACCUCAGGGGAGCAAACCUAUUAUGACCUAGUGAAGUCAUUUAUGGCAGAAGUUCGACAGUAUAUAAGGGAACUAAACCUCAUUAUCAGAGUUUUUAGAGAGCCAUAUGCCUCCAACUCCAAAUUAUUUUCAUCUCAUGAUGUGGAAAAUAUAUUUAGUCGUAUAUCAGACAUUCAUGAACUUAGUGUAAAAUUAUUGGGCCAUAUAGAAGACACUGUUGAAAUGACAGAUGAAGGUAGUCCUCAUCCAUUAGUGGGCAGCUGUUUUGAAGACAUGGCGGAGGAGCUAGCAUUUGAUCCAUAUGAAUCAUAUGCACAAGAUAUUUUGCGACCUGGUUUUCAUGAUCAUUUUCUAAGCCAAUUGUCAAAGCCAGGAGCAGCGUUUUAUUUACAGUCAAUAGGUGAAGGCUUUAAAGAAGCUGUUCAGUAUGUUCUACCCCGGCUGCUACUUGCCCCUGUUUACCACUGUCUUCAUUAUUUUGAACUGCUAAAACAAUUAGAAGAAAAGAGUGAGGAUGAAGAGGAUAAAGAGUGCUUAAAGCAAGCAAUAACUGCCCUACUGAAUCUUCAAAGUAGUAUGGAAAGGAUAUGCUCCAAAAGUCUUGCAAAACGAAGGCUUAGUGAAUCUGCAUGCCGCUUCUAUACUCAGCAGAUGAAGGGGAAACAGCUAGCAAUUAAGAAAAUGAAUGAAAUCCAGAAAAAUAUUGAUGGUUGGGAGGGGAAGGAUAUUGGACAAUGCUGUAACGAGUUCAUCAUGGAAGGAACGCUCACACGCGUAGGAGCAAAGCAUGAGAGACACAUAUUUCUGUUUGAUGGCUUGAUGAUUUGCUGUAAGUCAAAUCAUGGCCAGCCAAGACUUCCUGGUGCUAGCAAUGCAGAAUAUCGUCUAAAAGAAAAGUUCUUUAUGCGGAAGGUACAAAUCAACGAUAAAGACGACACUAAUGAGUACAGACAUGCUUUUGAAAUAAUCUUAAAAGAUGAGAACAGUGUUAUUUUUGCUGCUAAAUCGGCUGAGGAGAAAAACAACUGGAUGGCAGCAUUGAUAUCUUUGCAAUACAGAAGCACGCUGGAAAGAAUGUUGGAUGUGACAAUGUUACAGGAAGAAAAAGAGGAGCAGAUGAGAUUUCCAAAUCCUGAGCUGUAUAGGUUUGCGGAACCAGACUCUGAAGAGAAUAUUGUGUUUGAAGAAAACAUGCAGCCCAAGUCUGGAAUCCCUAUCAUCAAGGCUGGAACUGUUGUCAAGCUCAUUGAGAGGCUGACUUACCAUAUGUAUGCAGACCCUAACUUUGUUCGGACUUUUCUAACGACAUAUAGAUCCUUCUGUAAACCACAAGAGUUGCUGAGUCUGCUGAUAGAAAGAUUUGAAAUUCCAGAGCCUGAGCCAACAGAAGCUGAUCGUAUCGCUAUGGAGAAUGGAGACCAGCCUCUUAGUGCUGAGUUAAAAAGAUUUAGGAAAGAGUACAUACAGCCUGUGCAACUACGAGUAUUAAAUGUGUGUCGACACUGGGUAGAACACCACUUCUAUGACUUUGAAAGAGAUGCUGAUCUUCUGCAACGUUUGGAGGAAUUUAUUGGAACAGUAAGAGGCAAAGCAAUGAAGAAAUGGGUUGAAUCAAUCACAAAGAUAAUCAACCGUAAAAAGCAGGCACAAGCCAUUGGGCCAAGUCACAACAUUACUUUUGAAAGCCCACCUCCGGCGAUUGAGUGGCACAUAAGCAAACCAGGACACACAGAGACUUUUGACUUGCUCACUUUGCAUCCAAUAGAAAUUGCUCGGCAGCUCACUUUGCUUGAGUCAGAUUUUUACAGAGCUGUGCAGCCAUCUGAACUAGUUGGAAGUGUAUGGACAAAGGAAGAUAAAGAAAUUAAUUCUCCUAACCUUCUCAAAAUGAUAAGACAUACAACUAACCUCACUUUGUGGUUUGAAAAGUGCAUUGUAGAAACAGAAAACCUAGAGGAAAGAGUAAUUGUUGUGAGCCGGAUAAUUGAGAUCCUGCAAGUUUUUCAAGAGCUAAACAACUUCAAUGGUGUCCUUGAGAUUGUCAGUGCUAUGAACUCUGCAGCAGUAUAUAGGUUGGAUCACACAUUUGAGCAAAUUCCAAGUCGCCAGAAGAAGAUUUUAGAAGAAGCUUACGAACUAAGUGAGGAUCACUAUAAGAAAUACUUGGCAAAACUCAGGUCCAUUAAUCCUCCUUGUGUGCCUUUUUUUGGAAUUUACUUAACUAACAUUUUGAAAACAGAAGAAGGCAACCCUGAAUUUCUAAAGCGACAUGGGAAGGAACUUAUAAACUUCAGCAAGAGAAGAAAGGUAGCUGAAAUAACAGGAGAGAUCCAGCAGUAUCAGAACCAGCCAUAUUGUUUAAGAGUAGAAUUUGACAUCAGAAGAUUUUUUGAAAACUUGAAUCCAAUGGGAAACAGCACGGAGACAGAAUUUACAGAUUAUUUGUUCAACAAGUCACUAGAAAUAGAGCCACGAAAUGUCAAGCCUCCACCAAGAUUUCCCAAAAAGUACAGCUAUCCUCUCAAGUCCCCAGGUGUUCGUCCCUCUAAUCCAAGGCCAGGUACCAUGCGACACCCUACACCGCUGCAACAGGAGCCAAGGAAAAUUAGUUAUAGCCGCAUCCCAGAGAGUGAAACUGAAACUACAGCAUCUGCACCAAACUCUCCACGAACACCCUUGACCCCACCCCCUGCUUCUGCUACUUCUAGUACUACAGAUGCCUGCAGUGUGUUUGACUCGGAUCCUUCAAGUCCUUUUCAUGCAAGAUCUGCUUCCGUAUCAUCCAUAAACUUUACCAAAAGUUCAGAUGAAGCUCCUAUUCCCCCUCCAGUUCCUCCACGAAGAAGACCAGAGUCUGCCCCAGCUGAAUCCUCCCCAUCAAAAAUUACUUCCGCACACCUUGACAGCCCACCAGCAAUCCCUCCUAGACAACCAACCUCUAAAGUGUAUUCGCCAAGGUACUCAGUGCCUGACCGGACCUGCAUCUCUGACCCCCCUGAAAGCCCUCCUGUGUUACCACCACGAGAACCUGUGCGAACUCCAGAUGUUUUCUCUAGCUCACCACUACACCUCCAGCCUCCACCGUUGGGGAGGAAGAGUGAACUUGGUAACACCUUUUUCCCAAAUAGUCCCUCUCCGUUUACUCCCCCUCCCCCUCAGACACCUUCUCCACAUGUAGCACGGAGGCAUCUUCCAUCACCACCUUUGAUACCACAAGACGUGGACCUCCAUUCUGUUGCUGGACCACCCGUUCCUCCACGACAAAGCACUUCUCAACAUAUCCCAAAGCUUCCUCCAAAAACUUACAAAAGGGAGCACACACACCCAUCGAUGCAUCGAGACGGACCGCCUUUGCUGGAGAAUGCCCACUCCUCCUGAACUGUCCCUUGCGCUGGGAGUCAUAGUUUCCUGGUGCUACGUCUGUUGCUGGCAAUGGAUGCACUGAACCUGGUGGUGCCAAGGAGUUGGGACAUGUAAGCCAAACACUAAAAACUCUCCAAUAGAUUGGAAAUGCAGUGUACAGAAAUGGAAGUGCAAAAGCAGACAAUAUAGUGGAAAAACCGGUUAACUUGCUGUUCCUCUUUUUGUAUGCAGGACAUUGUUCUAAAGUAAUCGGGCAACUGAUUGUACCAGAAAACAGAAUUGAGGGACUACUUUGGCCAAUGUGCAUAGACUGUGUUUGUGUAAUGAGCUCUAAUAUCCAGUACAGGAGGGAAAACAGUCUGGUAUCCAUCAGUUCCGUACAGUGGCACAGUUUUUGGAAUGGAAACAUUAUGCACUUUUUUUAAAUCUCAAACAGGGAACUUUAUAUCCUUCUUAUUUUUCCUUUGCUUUACUCCCUGCUUUAAAAUACUUUCCUAAAUUUAUGAGAAGGACUGUGAGGAAGAUCUGUGGUACCUAACCGAGUUAGAAUUAAAGCAUAGCACUGUAUUGCGGUCCUGUUUACAAGUUGUUACAAUGAGUAGUAGGGGGUACCUAGGCUUCACCAAAGAGGUACUUUAUUUUUUUUUUCCUGAAAUAUUAUGGUGCCAGUUCAAAAUAAAUUUUUGCCGGGAAGCAUAAUGUCUAAUUAUUACUUUCUUUAGAUAGAGCAGAUGAAAGUCUUACAUCAUUAAGAUGACAGCAAAAUUAAAAAAAAAAAAAAAAAGCAGCACUAUCACCUGAAGUAAAUAUACUACUACAUUUAGAAGACUGUUAAUCUCUGCUAGGUUAUGUCACGUUCUUUUUAAGGUUUACUGAUAAUCCAUUUCAUGGCUAGUAGCUAUUCUUCUUCAGUCGUGCCAUGAAAACAGUCACUUGUGAAAAGGAGCGCUCACUGGCCAACUUCCAUAGCUAUUGUCAUGUUUUACUAACAAUAGGUUAAUCAGCAUACAUAGAAUUGCCUUGCAGUUGCAGAAAUCAUGUGUAUAUAGUGAAUGUUGCAUAAAUAUACUUGCAGAUUGUUUUUAAUUUAAUUGAAAUAAAGAUACAGAUAUGUUUGGCUGACAUAUGUUAAAUUAUUACAUGGACAAAUGUACAAUUCAGUUUUUCAGUUAAAACACUGAAGGGGAUAAAAGCACAUGUUGUGGUACGUAUUUUUCCUAGUUCAGCAUAUGUAUUUUAGUUAUAAGAGUCUAAAGCCAAGUCAGUUUGGGCAUGUGUAACAAAGUAAUAAUUUAGUAAUAAUUGAGAAGCUGGGUUACUCCCGAAGUGAAUUAUUGUAUGUUAUAAAACUUCUCAGACCUCAUGUAUGCCAUUUGUUAGAGAAACUCAAACUUAACAUUAAUCUUUACAGUAGCCUUUUUGUGUCUGAAGUACACAUGACAGAACACGUACUGGCAUCAGUUUCAUGACAUGGAUUAUCCAUAAACCUGUGUACUGCUCUUUGACUGUAGCCAAUACUGUGACAAAUAAUGCAUGCCAGUUAUUGAAGAAAAGAAGCUCUAUAACCUCCAGUAUGUUUGUCAAGCAUGAAGUAUCUCAUCUUCAGUUAAUAAGGCUCAUGGGUCAAAGUAAAAUUCUAUCACAUUUCCUCUUUGGAAGAAGAAUAAUUUCAGCAUCUUGGAAAGCUGUGCUAUUAGAGAUGGGGUUGGUAGAAUGAUGAUGGAAAUUGCCUUUUCUAAUACUUUCUGCAAUGCCAUUGGUCGACGCACCCUGGUCCUUUAGUGUGGUCUUUACAUUUCAGAAAGCGUUCAGAUUUCAUCAACAUAAACAGCAGCUUUCAUCCUAGCCAAAUGGUGAGAAUUUGUCAGUUGUAUGCCUUCUUUAAUAUCUUUAACUACUUUAUUUUGAAAUGUUCUUCUGGCAAAGGAAGAAAAAAUUAAGAUCUCUAAAUCUCAGUUUCAGAAGAGAACAUUCAUCGUGGGAACUUUGUAAAAACUCUCAGCUACAGGAAGCAGAGUUUAGAUUAUCAGUGCUUUGGAUGUUAACCCUACAAUGGGCAUACUGUUGGCAAUGUCAUAGAAAUUAUUAUGUUAGCUUGUCAGUGGAUUACCAGAGAAAGCUCCUCAAAUGUAGACUCUCUGAUCUUUAGCUCUGGUUCUGUGCUAAUUUGUAGUCAAGGCAAGCAAGGCGGAAGGAAUGAUCCAGAGGUUACAUUGCCUGACUAGGAACUUGUGUUCAUUCUCUUAAUCCACAAAUUUCGUAAGGAUUGAAGUUCUUUACUGGUGGGGUACUCAGGCGAUAAAUGAUAAUGAUUGCUGUGCAAGAGCCUAGCUCAAACUUCCUUUAGCAUCCAGCAGAGUGAGUCCAGUCAUAUACAGUGCCCAAGUCAUGGGGCUGACUCAGCUGCAAAACAGGAAAGAGAGAGUGAGAAUCGAACAUGUUGCAUUUAGGAUAGGAGUUUUGAGCACAACUGCUAAGACACUGGUUUGUCUUAUGAUAGCUUUAUUUAUGUUAGUAAUUAUUCAGUCUGCAAUAACUUUUCUUUUGGACCACGUUUGCAUUAGUGACAAUACUUUUGCAUGGAAAAUUCAUACAGAAAAUGAAUCACUUCUAUGAUUCUGUCUGGCUCCGUGUUGAAAGACCCUGGAUGAUCUGGUGUGGCCUGAGAGGAUAAAGUGGCCUGGAUCAAUGACACACAGUUAUGUGGAGGCUGACAGCUAGCUGGGUGAAUUGCUAUAAUAGUCUAGAGUGUCUUCUGUGGCUAAAAGUGAGCCGAGAUGAUUGCAAAGUACUUCCGAUACAGGUAUCCUUAUGUGGGCAGGAGUAGAAAAUGAAGUGCUUACGUGGUUACAGAGGUCAGGAGAACUCUACAGGUGCAAUACUUUCACAUUUUUUGCUGUGUCACGUCAAGGUUUCUACUUCAGUGCAGCAGUGUAGCAUAAUCUGGGUUGGUUUGUUUUUUUUCCACAGGGGAUGUCAUAGUUGCAUGUUAUCUUAGAAAAGUCCCGUAGGUGUUUGGGAACUGCUAAUAUUGCAAGCCAGGCACAGUCUGGCUGUAGUCUAGCCUACAGGAUGACCACUCAGUUACCUUACGAGCUGAUGACCCAAGUUGCAUGUUGUUGUCGUGGCAUUCAGCAGCCCAGGCAAAGUUUUCUUGUCGCUGUUUGUUUAGGAAGACCAUUAUUCUACUUUGGGAUCCGUACUGGGGAAUCAUUUGAGCGCUCCAUCCUCAAGAAGCCAUCUCUGGCAUAAGCUAGUCUGCUUCCCUAAUGUGCCUUGGUUAAGCUGGAGAGGAAGAGGUCUGUCUCAGCUGCAGUGUAUUUAUGCUAGCGCACUGGAUUUAGAUCUUUCAGGAUUUAGAUUAGUAUUUCUGGAUGUUUAGUUAACUAGUUUUCCUUUUAUACGUAUCUUAAAUUAGAUUUUCUUUCUCUGUUCAGUUGGGCUGUAUUCAACCUCAGCGAUGUCACUGUUGCAGGUGGUAGGUUAUUGUGCUUCUGGGAGAGGGUUUUACUUUGUUACAUACAGGGAAGUUUUCUUCUGAGCCUGAAGAGGUGCUUGAACAAAUCUGCAUCACAGCAGGCUGUGUGGCAAAGCCAGUGCAUUAUAAGCAUAUAAGCAUCAGUUCUCAUCUCUGUGGCUGUUGUCUCAGUCUAGUAUAGCAAUUUACAGAGGCAGCCUCUCUUACUGGUAUUUCUAGCAGUGCUGCAAUUAAACUCAACUAGAAAGAGCCCAUCGUUCAUAAAAGAUUUUCUUGGAGUUAUAAAAGAAAAUGUUUAAAAUUAAAAAUGUUAAACAAAAUAUUCAUUAAUGCUUUGCUGCUGUGAGCAGUGCAUUUGGCUGAGGUAUAUAAAAGUCCCUCCUUGGCUUUCUCCUGAAUGCUGAUGCCUUUUUCGGUCAGCAAGGAGGGCCUUGUUCAAAAAGACUUACUUUUUUUUUCUUUAAGAUGUUAUAAAAAAGAUGGCAGCUUCUUAUGGGCCUCCCCUGCCCCUAAAUAUCCUUUUUAGUUGUAGAAUUGUCAUUUCAAAACCUAGAUGAUACAGCUGAAAUCUUUUUUGCUUCUAUUUGUCAGGGAAAGGAACAUGUGGCCCAAUAGAGCUGUAAAGCCGAAUACACUUUUAACUUAGUUUGUAAAUUUCAUGCCUUAUUUUCCAUUAAGAAAAACACCUUUAAGUGCAUUUUUCUGCCAACUGUGAGCAAAUUUCCCUUUUGCCUUUAAUGAAAAAUAGUGCAUUAAGUGGCCAACUACUGCAGCAUUAUAAUGCAAGCAAAGUAAUGGGCAAGUCACUUUUUUGACUUCUAGCAAGCAAUUGUGAAAUCAUGUUCUAGUGGCUGAAAGGUUGAAAGGGAAAAAAAAUUAAAAAUGUGCCAGAUGCAUGACAAUUGUAGUAGCUGCCAAAUGUGCCUUUUAUCGAAGAACAUCUGUAACUUUUUUAAAAAGAAAGGUAGACUAUCUGGGUCGCAUGGUAUUGGAAUUGUUUUGGACAAAUUUGAUUGAAUCUACUUGGGAAUGAGCUUUUUUCUGUUUGUGAAAUGAGCAAAUUUUAGGUUCCAAUAAUUUUGUUCCAGUAUAUGUGUACAUUUGCCUUUGUUUAAUGGCAUGAUUAUUUGCCAAAAUGAGUAAAUGUUAAAAGCUAUGUCAGUCCAGUUGUAAAAAGAAGAAAGAGAAAAGUGGUAAACAUUACCUGGCACAUCUUAUGACCUGUGUACCUAACUGUCUGUAGGUGAUCUUUGUAUGCCGUGUCUGCAGUGGUAUUUGGAUUGCAUUUAAGUGAAAAUAGUGGCUGUUAUCUUUUGGCAUUAAAAGAUAUGUUCUAAAAAUAAAAAAUGCCUUACAUAUCCCGGAAGUGUACACUUUUGAAUAUGUAAGAUACAAUGGAAGUCUUGCUAGUCUGAGGCUGCCUGCCUUAAGUUUAAUACUGUGUGCUUUGUGUUAAGGACACUUGUGAGUCUGCUACAGAUGUAGGUAUUGCUCAGAAUAGUAAAAUGUUAAAAUAUGCAGUAGCUUCUGAACAGCAGAACCAUAUGGAGUAGAAGACAAGUGAGCAAGAUGUAUAUGUACAGUGGGAGAGACAAAGAGGCUUCCUGACAAUGAUAGAAUUUUUUUAACUGUGUUGUUCUCUGCCGCAGGAUUGUUCAUUGUAGGUGUUAGUCUAGCUCUGCAGCUUUCUGUUAUAAUUUACCGCAUCAAAGGCUCUCCAGUUCGUGCGUAAAAUACUGUCUCUUGAUUUUACUGUAUGAAUCUGUUAGGUAGUUUGUUUCGUAUAAGAGCCCACAUCUUGUCUCUAUGUUGAAUCAGAUCACAGUAAAUAAAGGGACAUUAUGUUUCAUAA